AUGAGUAAGUUGAGGGCUUAAAAUGUAGCUUAUUGUCUUGUAAGUGGAAAAAAUCCGUGCGGUUUAUAUUACAGAACCGUAAUUUAUAUAAAAGAUCAAACGCAGGAUAGUGUACUCGCGCUCAUUUGAAUUCGAAGUAGAACGUAGCUACAGAGAAGUAUUCCAGCAGUAUUCCGUGGAAUACUGCUGAAUUUUAGCUAAAAUGUUGUUAUUACUUCACAUUUUUGUAUUUACAGUUUAAUACAAAAGAAAUAUUUUAUUUUUGCAGGUUCGCAGACUACGGAAUUAAAUCUGCAGGUAGCAUGUAAGUUCUUAAGAACUUAUGAAUACAGAUUUCUUGCAUAUGCGUCACUUCGUGUUUGAAAAAUAAAGGCUGAUCUACGUUGGUUAAGGCUAUGGCAAGAUGAGUUUAUAAUGCAUCCUGUUUACUAUAGGGUAUUUUACAAUGACUUGCUGUAGACAGCUCGACAAGCUGUCAGCAUCCACUAUCCGAGCUUUAACCCAAUCCUUAUUCCUAUUAGAGGAGAUUAAUGAUCGGCUUUUAGCGUAAGAAGUCGUGAAGGGUGCAAGUUUUCGCUCGCCACCACUGAUUCAAUUCUACAUAUAUGCACAAGUGAAGGAACCCAGUUGGCUGAGUUGAAUGCACAGCAUGCAAUUUUAUAAGACAAAUUAACGAUCCUAUUUACUUACUUUCUUAUUCUCUAACUGCUAUGAAUAUUUCAUCAAUCAGGUUCCAAAAUAAAUACAACUUGCGCCCCCAAGGCCAUUCAAACUGAACGACAAUAAGUCAAAAAGCGGAUGAAUGUUCUCUUAAAUUAGGGAGAGAUAAAAUCAUUUUGGUCGUUUCCUACCGACUUCGUAAACAGUACGGAAGCAUUUUUUUUUUCAAGUAUCUACGACACCCACGAUCGUGCAACUACUAAGAUGUUCAGGAAUGCCUAUUAAUCGUCUAGAUGUUGUUAUGAAAAACAUUGCCGAUUAUUUACUUGUGUAGCCCGUUCCUUCUACUUAAUUAGUUAUUUCACAUGACUGAAGUAAAUACACGUAAAUAUUCAUUCUACUAUAUAUUGUGGAUUUCAUACUCCCAGAACGCAUUACUGUUUAUUUCAUGCAAAAGGUUCAUUAGUAAUGACUGAUGGCUGCCUUAAAAUAUCAGACACGACGUCGUAUAAAUUGUGCCUUGUCGUUUUUCAAUAAAAAAACAUUUUGAAAGUAUGCUUCACAUCUCUCAGGUGUCUCCUCGAAGAACUAGUAAAAUAUUUGUUGAUAUUAUAGAGGAGUGGGCAAAGGAAUGUGGACUCUUUGUAUUAAUGGUGGCUCUGUCCCGAAUUCCAGUGGUGUUGAAGUUAGGAUUAGCGUUGGGUCGAGAGUGAGGAGGGUUGAAAUUAGAGAAGGGCUGGGAGGGUUAUGACGGUCCAUAUAACUGUUAGAUUUACUGCCGUAGCGGUUAGGGUGAAGGUUGAAUUUAGGACACGAGAAUAUUUUCCUCCCAGAAUGUACGGUGGGGCCGCCGUCGCGUUUGUGGCAUUUUGACUGUAAUAUACCCUGGAUCGGGACAUUUUUGUCUGUCUUGAAUUAAUGUAUACUUGAGACAUAAUCUAAUAGCUUGUUUUCUAUGGUAAGGCGCAAUUACUUUCGUCCUUUUUUGACCACUUUCACCUAUUUCAAUGAGACAGGUCAAAGUGCAACCAAUCACUCGUUUUAUAUGCGUAUAUUGCGAAUGUUUUGUCUUUAAUCAAGAUUUUACUUGCUUGCUGCAAUUAUUAAAUAGACCACGUAAACGUUAAAGGUAUCGCGUGCAGGACAAGACUGUUCAGGUCUUUCGUAAUUUAUUUUCAGGCAAUCAUAACCUUUUGAUUUUCAAAUAUGAACGUUUCUCAUUUUCCAAUGCGGGGUAAUGAAGUUUUAGUAGGAUGUAGAAUUGUUGUCGGCUGACUAUAAAACGUUAGAAUCAGUUUCAGUAGUAGGCGACGGACUUAGAACAACCAGGAGAAACUAAAGAAAAAAUGUCAAGCAAACUUUGGCGAAUCAUAUCUAUUAUGACGUGGAGUCCAGCAAAAUAAAAACGUUCGAAGUAAUCGGGAAAACUCGGAGACUGAACUUUCACCGGUUAAGGAAAUUUUGUGUUUAUGACAGUUGUGCCACUGCAAGCGACGACGUCGAUUUCGUGUCACACGGCGUGGGCCCAACACUAGUGAUGGGCACGUUAGUCGGUUUGUUGUGAGUUAUACCUACGUCGCAUCUACAGCACACUCUCUUCAUCCAUCCACUCAUCUCGAACGGGCAGAAAAUAUCAAGACGACUGGAGGUGGGAGCGGAUACAGGGGUUGACAAAAGUAAUCAGUCUAACUGAAGCCAACAGGCGAGUUCCAGAUAGCCGUUAUGAUGGAGACGCAAUCGUUUGAACAAAUCUUUAUUCGCCUGACGUUCCCAAUUCUCAGUCGAAACCGCCGUCCGUCCAUUAACGACUAUUUGUAAUGAUCGGUUCCAAUAAACCAGUCGACUGUCAGCGCCUCGCGCCCAAUUGGCGAUUAGGUCUGGUUCAUCGACUGAAAAAUAAUCAGCCAACUUACGCAUGUCAAAUACGGCCUAUUUCGCAUUCCAGAUGUACCAGACUGCGAAAAAGAGCAAGCUUUGAACGCACAGCAAACAUACUGCUGCUGACCUGUGACACUUCGUCCUUUAGGCGGACGAUGGCAAGGCGGGAUGGAUGCUGAUGCAACAAAAAUGUUUAGUGUCAAGAAGGUGACGUGCACGCGCAUGUUCUGGAGUUAGUACGUGUGUUUUUCGGUGUUUUGCUGCAUGUGGCCGAACGUCUUGGGGCAGUGUGUGCAGGUAGGAUGGGAGAAACAAGUGUAUGUUAGGGCUCAUGACAUUGGUUCGCCGAUAGCGGUGCGAUGGAUUCGUAAGUGACCGGUAAGACCGAUGCGUGAUGUAAGGUCGCACUAAGGACGGGCGGGGACCACGUUAACACACUGCCGGUGUUGGAGUAAGUGGUUAAUUUUAGUUCCAAUGACGUUGUUGGUGACAUGGACAAUCCAGGCGGAGUCGGUGGUUUGUACGGGUUGUUGCGACGGCGGAUUUGGAGAUGUCCGACUAGUCAGACGUGUACUAUAAACAGUACUUUUCUAUGGGAACAUGUUGGUAAGUGUCGGGUAUUUGGGUAAUUUAGCCGUGGUACUGGGAAUUUGUGUGUCGCCCUACUAACUUUGGUCAUUUCUGUGUGAGAGAUUUCCUACACUACGACUUCAGAUAUCACGACUAUGCGCCGCGCCUGUUGACUUCAGACGAGGCUUUUCCAAGGCAAAGGGAAGUCUUCAGGGUGUCUUUGUAAAGACGCUUUCGUCCGUCUUGUCUGUGAGCAUCUAUAGCAACCCUGCUGUACAAUAGUCGCUUGAAAAGACGCAGUUCCAUCGCAGCUGUAUCUUCCUCAGCAUUGCGUGGACGCUAAGGAUUUCUGUUUUUUCCAGAACUUCCAUGCCAGGGAUCCCGGCCGAUCGUCUCAUGUUCAGUAUUCCAGAAAGACCGGACAUUCUGCCUUGCUACCUCAACUUUGAUAUUCAUUGGAAGCAGCUAAGGUGGUGGUGACCUAACUUAUUUGCUUGAAUUUUGUACAUAUCUCCGUCCCUCGCAGGAGCGUUGUCAGGAUGGCCGCUCGAUACGUCCCCAGUGUUGUGUUUAGGCGAGGCUUGUAGUGAUCCGCAACUGAAUGCUGCAACCGACCGGAGGCCUAGUUGGCUUUGGAGGCCUGGUGCACAAUGUUUUUGGAGAUUAUUAUUUUCAGAUAGGUGAAUUUACCCGCAGAUGCGAGAUCCGUUUCACUUACGCUGGGCCUAAGACUGUUGUGCUCAUUACAUAGUACUAGUAGAUAAAUAACCAUUGUCUUCGCCGCGUUUGGGUCAUUCCGGAGAGUGUGCGGGUGAAGGUGAUGAUGAUGAUGGUCCGCCGCACAACUACUUCUCUCGCGGUUUUGAGCACGAAAUUGCCAGCUAGUAGCAGAUCAUGAACACUGAUCGUAGAUAUUCCUGUGGUUGCCGGUAUGCGUCGAUAUUAAUCAGCUAUCCGUCAGUGCCGUAGCUAUGUUGAUUUCAGGCCGCCGCUCACGGUAUACGUGCAGCAGCCUGCUAAAAAAUAUGAGACUGAGGAGGGUAGAGCGAGUACGCAGUCCUGCUUUACAUCACUUGUACCUUGGACUUCUUCGAAAACUGCCGCUUUGUCCGCGACGCAUACCUUAAUUCAACUUGGGGUUUUCGAAUCAUCCGUGUGAAUUGUUCCGCAAUCCAAAUAUCAGCAUAAUUCCCCAGGGUCCAUCGUGAUCUUUGUCAUGUCUACGAAUACGGUUAGAAUCUGCCCCAUAUUUCCUGGCAUUCCUUUCAUGUUUGACGGGCAACGAAGAUCAUGUCAAUAAUUCCGCUAUUCAUUUGAGAUUCAAAUUGACCUUCAGAAGUACUUCCAUGCUCCAGGUGCUUGUUCAUUUACUUUAGUAGGACUUAGGCAAAGAGUCAACCUGCGAUUUUGAGAAGGGAAAUAUCUCUGUAAUUGUCACAGAGUUGUCGGUUUCCUUGCAUUUGGUAAUGUACAGAAGUUCCUGAGGAAUAUGUCAUUGUCACAACAUCAGUAGCAAUAGCGAGGUGAGCUUAACAUUAGCCGAAAGCUGUCAUGUUUGGAAAUCUCAGGUGUAAGGGGGUCAACGUCAAUUGCGGCGAGUGUCGACGGUCGAGGUCUGUGUUGGUUCCCGUUUGAGCAGGUUUGUGGAUGGUUGGUUGGGGUCGCCCCUGGAGUGCUCAAUCAGCGCUCCACGCUACGGGUUUUCUGUCAGGAGGGUUUUGCCAUUGGAACUGAGCAGUGACGCAGUCGUCUUGGCUCAGGGGUUGUAGAUCGCCUUGACGGAAGCGAAGACGUCCUUUAUUUCAUUGCGGCAGGCACAUCAUUGUACUUCUUUAGCCUUGUGAGUCACCCAAGUAUUCAAAAUUUUCGCAACCGCUGAUGCACCAGGUCUUGAUAUUUAAGGAAAGUCGUUUUGCUAGUCCCAGUUCUGUGGUUGGUCUAUAUCUUGUGCAGCUUGUUCUUCCUGGGUUCAAAUUGCGAACCUUCUCAUCAUUGUCAUCAACUAAGUCCUGGCGUUAACGUACUUGGCUCCACUGAGCCCAAACAGUGACUUUUAUUCCGCAGCCUGCAUUUGUUCCAGACGGUGAUUCAGGCGAUUUUUAAAAUCUAAUUUGCACCUAGCUACGUUCAAUAAUGCAAACAUUAACUUACCGGGUGUUCACUCACCUUACGGAAGCCUGAAAGGUUGCAGCUGACAGGACAAGCUAUCCGUCCAUCAGUUAGCAUAAUGAGUCGCCUUUGUCACUGGCAUGCUCCAACGACCACAACUCAAAAAGAGGACAUAGUCCAGCGGCUGAUAUUGAUGUUAGUUAUGACGCAUCAGUAUCGCCUUCCUCUUGAUUGGGAGAAAGAAAUUGUCGGUCAGGAGAAGACUGUGUUACGCACUGGGGGAGAAGUCCAUUGCUGCUGUAGUUGACAAUCUCGCGAAGGCCUACCACGCCCUCUCAGCCUACGUGAUCUGUGCCGAUGUUGAUGUAAAAGCCCAUAAGCGGAACCAAUUUCUCUAUUUUCGGAAAAGACGCCAGAAGGUCACGCAGAUUUCCAUAAAGCUUGUUCUUCGCGCCAGCCGAAGCGGUUAAUGGUAUGUGCUCGCUAAGCGCGGUAUAGCUUCGGCGAGCCGCAGGUGAGAACUGGGUGUGAGUUAGGGCCCGUCCUGUGCAACCAGAACGGGCACUAGGCUCGUGGAACGGCCUGCCACUCCAACAGACUCUAUGUCGUCUCACUGUGUCUGCGCUCGCAUUCUGUGGCACCCACGGUUGACUUCGUUGGCCACGACGAUCAAACUGUCGUAUAUAUGAAGGCUUGAGAUCACGACAAGACAGAUCCUGGUCCUAGCGCCGACAUAGGUAACCGUGGGUUAUGCUUCACAUUUGAACGCAUGCAAGUAAAGCAUGACACUGUGUACGUACCAUGCCAUGAACGAAACUGAUGCACAAAGGCAUAUCCGGCUUCCUUUAAAAGUCUCAUAGCAUAUUUGGUAUGCUCCUACAGAAACUGAAAACGUCAAACGCACAUUUCUGGAAUAUUCGAGCGUUGCGUCGUUGAAAAUGCUUCUGAAAAAUAAUAAACUAAAUUAAUUUUCAAUUUGUCACCGGAGGAAACUACCGCCCAAGAGAAAAAAGAUAUUUUGUUAUCACGCAUCUCUAUCAACGCUCCCGUAUUCAGAAGCAGUAACAUCUCCAUUCACGGUCUCUCUAGUUAUCCUGAUUGCAUCUUCCUCCCAAAGUGCCUGCGCAAAUUACAAGACACAUUCUAGACCUUCUCAAAUCAUGCAGUAAAUUCGUACUGAACGAUGUAUGCAUACUACCAUGGGAACAAUAAAUCUGUAGUAUGUAUCUGAUGUCCUGAAGUAAGUCGGACUUGCCACUGUAAAUGAUAAAAUGCAUUGUUAUAUUUUAUUCUUGGUGAAAAUGCACGUCUGUUUAUGUUUCCAGUUCGAUUUUGUGGGCCUGUUUAGUAUUUCCUCCUUUUUAUACAAAAUUCCGCAUACUACUUGACACCCUAUAAUUUUUCUUGGUUUAAGGGCUACUGAAUUUUAGCUACUUAAAGAUGGGUCAGGUCUACGUGAUAUUUUUCUGGGAUUCGGGCUAACAAAUUUCAGCCUUAAGGUUACCCCUUGAGCGGGGAGGUCUGUCUCACAUCCUUAAAAUGUAAAUUCCAUCGUCUCCAGACAUGACAAGUCCUGUACGUGCUUCAAUAUCUGAUUUGCGUAAAGCAGGCUAUAUCAAACACCAGGGCCCCCGAAAACCCUUUCAUAGGUCACUUUCCACCAAUGCCUUAUAAAAUAGGCUUCGGGAUUCACUGCACGCUUUAUAAAACAGAAAUUCGGUUUAGCGUUAUUUUGCAUACUUACCGUUAAAUUGAGUCAUUUGGGAAGUUUUACAACCCAAAUAGAAUGAACCUGCUAAUGUAGGAAGGCGCACAUAGCCUUUUCUUGCCCUCAGCAGAGCUCUUUGAAAUCAACGCAUGGUGGAAAGUCAUUACUGGUCGAAUUAUGUGUGAUGACAAGGAAAAAGUUACGUGAACCGUGUUUUGAAACUUAUUUGUCUUCGUCCACUACCAUCACUCCAUCUCUGGGUCCUAAACACUGGCUAUUAGAACCCAAACGCGUUCAUCUUACGUCCAUGGGAGUCUGGUUUUCACUGUUGAAUUACCAAAUGGCGAUCUGUCGGCCAUAAACGAGGCUGUAAACACCUGCUGAAAUGCAGUACAAAAUUCAAUUAAUUUGGUUUAUCAGGGACCCUUGCAGGUAAUCUUAGAAAUUAGAACAGUUAAGAUCUGGAGAGGUGUACGACAGAUAUGGUAGAAUUGACACUGUUAUUCUUCGAUUAUAUUCAUUGAGCUAAACUGUCAAGAAAUCGGUUUCCUUACCAAGAGACUAAUAGCGUCUUUGCAUUCCUACUGUGCUGCCGUCACAGAAACUUCAUCCGUUGCCUGGACUCCAUGCCAAGCUUCCACUCGAAAAUUUUUCCUGAAUUAACUGCAAACUGUUCUCUUUCUCGCAAGCAACCGCGCUGAGGCAAAGGUGUGUAUGCGGGAGCAUGUGAGUGACUAAACCCCUGCUCUCUGGCUCACACAUGAGCCUAGAUGAAAUCAGCUUUUGGAAUUGGCACUGGUACUGGCGAAGUGAUUCGUCAGUCAAAUGUGACGACGCUUGUGUGGCCGCGCACUCCCGCACAGCGGAUGCCCGUAUUACAUGACAGAUUUAUAUGACUGUCUUGAGCCGGCCCUGUUCAUCCGCAGUUUCUUAUUGCAAGAAGACAACAUGCCAUGUCCAAUACUGGUUUGGGGGGCGGGCAUUACAACAGUGCACAUGUUAUUUUUGCCGAAACCGCAGUCACACUUUUCUCCACAGCGCCACACAUGAUGCGCAUGCAGCUGCUCUUCAGUCGAUCGAUAUUUUCUGUUGAUUAUUCGCAGAGCGUCGUGGCGCUCCAGUUAAUAUUGCUUUUACUGUCGGGCGCACGCACAAUUGCUCAAACUGAGAAUCAGGACUUCUGUUCGCCCAAGACGAUUUCCUCGAUUGCAGACCAACAUCGCAACUACUUCGAAGGCCUCCUAACUUUUAUGCCAUCUGCUCUCAUUCAGUCCUCGAACAACCUAGGCUGCUUAUCGCACCGCCUGUCGGACAAGUUUGGACAGUUUGCUGGUGGCUGGUAGGGAGAAGAGAAAGUGAGGUCCACUCUGGGGACCCCGCUCCCUGGGCACUCCUCAUUAUAAGCAAUUUGACGCGCUUUUAAAUUACCACGAUGCGCUAAAGUCCGUGUUUUGGAAGGCUGCCAACUAAAAAAGAUAACUCCGUCCCACUCUCAGGAUGGAGAGUCAGAUUGCAAUUACCUAUAUGGCACUCCCCCUCAGUUGGGGUCCAAGCCGUCCCUUUCCUGUUUCCACUAGAGUCUUGUUCAUCGUGCGCGGACCACACGAAGAGGGGCUGUUGAGCUUUGUCAAUUUACUGCGCCAGAUCACGCCCUCGAUCUUCUUGACUCUGUCUUGCCACUGGACCCAGAGGGAUGAGGGGGGGAGAGUGCGGUAGAUGCUGUGUAAGCCUACUAUCGCUUUAAACUGAUUCACCGGGCUUGCGCCCGCAUGCUGCGACACACACACACACAGUGGACAUUGUUAUCCGCAACGGUCAACGCCUGAGAUCACGAUCAGACAGAUUCUGGUCCUAGCACCGACAUAAGUAACAGUGGGUUUUGCUUCACAUUUGAUUCCAUGAAAGGGAAGCAUGGCACCAUAUCGACAAGUACAAUCAACGAAUAAUAUUCGAGUGGGCAGAGUUAAUCGCAGGACGAUCUGGCGCUUUGAAGAACAACUAGUGACUGACAGGGAAAUUGUUCAUAUUCGCAGCAGAGUGUACAUCACACAAGAGAGUAUUAUAGGUCGUGCGACAUAUUAAGAGAAAUAGGCAACGCCACAGCCGUAAAUCUUCUGCUCACAGGCUGGUUGGGCGAAGUCCCCACUUAAACAACGCCUUCCAUUUGUCCUAAUUCUGUGUUUUCGGACUAUGCCAAACAGUUGUGGUACAUACAACGACUUUUUAGUCGACGUUUUCCUACUCCACGACCGCAGAGGUGUAUUAAUUAAAAAUUGUGCUUGCUUGGUUUAGCAUAGAUUUCCUCGAUGCGCACCUUUCUUUCUCUGUGGUUCAUUUUAUUUUUCUUCGAGAAAUAUAAGUCUUUCCAGCAAAAUAUCAGCAUAAUUCAAACCCGAAUACAGUUAGCUAGUCUGUAUGGAGAUCCAGGUAGUAUUUUCGAACUCCAGAACGCAACUAUGCUAGUGAAAGAUAUUUUUGCAAAGAUCAAGUAAUAGUGAUCAAGUCAGGGUGACUUUUUCUACAUGCCCCUCAUGAGGUGACGUGGUCCUUACGACUAGCUAAAGUAUACCAUAAAACCAGAUGAGUCAGUCACCACAUAGCGGUGGCGAUGUCUCUCUAGUAAAGUAAUUGACAUAAGGCAGCAUUCUGAGUUAUCCUACAAGUACGAUUGGAAAAUUUCUGAGAAAAAGGUGCGGUCUCUUUAAGGAUAAUUUCAUUCUCGCUGCUUUUCGGAUUCUCACGCGAACAUAUAUUACGAGAUUGCUACAAGUAAAGGUGGUUGGCGCACAAAAGUGAAGUAUUUAUAUGAUGCAGUCGCCAUUUAACCACAGAUCUACCCUCAUUUGCUGUCCCUUCAUUCACGACCUAUGGCCGUACUUGAUACGCUUCUUACUUGCCCGGCGGCAACUUUACCAUCGGUGUUGGUUAUUCCCCUGCUAACGGCUCCGCUACGUGGUGCGCUGAUGCUGUUACUGAAAGUGGUGUUCAUCUGCGCGGUUCCCGCGUAAAUAAUUACUCUGCCCAGAUAAAGUUUCGGCACUGUACAUGGAGGGGAUACCAUUGCACCUGCUAACGAACUGGAGGCCGAAAACCCGUGACUCAGUCGACUGGCUGCCCACGCGAUUGUCGUCUGUCGCGAAAACGUCAGCGUCGUCGAAAGGGGGAUUUGGUUGUGUCCCGUGGAUUGAGCCUCGACCUGAGAACUGACGCCAUGCCUCCUCACUCAGCUAGAUCUAGUAGGGGUGGAUGCGAAAGCAUCGAGUUAUGAAAAUGUCUAUGGUUGUCCGCCUACGUUGAUCGCGGCAAUAACAUACAGCCUCGGGGAUGCUGCGAUGAGUCCGGGCACUUUUAAAGGGCCGUUUCAUAUAACUUCGGUUGGAUGUCAUGAGAUGGCUGUUAAAACAUGUAUAAAUUUGGUAGGUGUUUAAUAGCGCUUUACCGUUUCUACCUUUAAAUUCACUUUUCUACACAAGGUACACGAUGAAGCUUUCCUGUUUUGCUCGUCCGGCUAGUAAAGGAAUAUCAUUUUUUCCUAGUAUAAGACCAAACGUUUAAUCAGUUAAAGCGAAGACCUGCAACAUUCUGGUUUUCAUUUAAUAAUCGGACUUCGAGGAAUACGGUCAGUUAUUCGACAUCCUCGUGAGUAUAAGGCUACCCAUGACUACAUUUUGUCUAUCAGUACCAACUAAACUAAUAAUCAUAAGCUUUUCCCUGUAGUUAUGUUUUAAAACCAACGUCUGCGGCACGUUCUACUUAAUUUUCAGUAGUCACUCUUUUAUGGCUAAUUAAUGCAUAUUUACACUCAAGCAGUUUCUAACCUCACAAUGCAUGUCUCACGUUGACAUCCGGCCAACCUCGUUUAUCAAGUAGUGGUGAACAUGGCUUUCUUCGACGUUUUAACGAGAAAAUUUGAUUAUUUAUCCGUACGAAAUGACCUGGGUUGAAGAUUUAAGACUAAUUAAUAGUAGCUGGCCUGCCAAAAUUAAAUUUUAAUAUUAUUCAUUACGCAAACCUUUGUCUUAUCACACGCUCUUAGGUAAUAUACAGAACAUACACAACCCUUCCUACACACCAAUGGUACUUAGAUUUUCCCUCGUUUGCAUCAGGAUGAUGCAUCUUCACCUAGACGCCGCACGUUUGGUGCCUUUCGCUGCAGAGCUAUUGUUAAUUACUGGAUUCGCCAUUACGCCAAUUCUCUUAAAUCGUCCUGAGACCUCAUUCAAAAAUGUAAACUCAUUCAGUAAGUGGCCCGUAAGAAGGCGCAAAGCGUUUCGUUUUAAAUUUUCCGUCUAGCCUUUGCUGCAUGCGGAUGUAGACCCAGGUCGUUUUGCCAGAAUAGGAAUGGGUGUAAGCACUGCAAUAAAUUUUCCAUUUGCCCUAUUUCCACUGGCCGCACUGUUAUGAGCGCCUUGUAAGGCAAAAGCAACUCGAAUUGGCUUGCUAAAUCAUAGCUAGUCAUUUGAGCAUCAUUUAUUCUAAUAAUGACACUUCUGCUACACAGCCACCCGUUGACAGCGGCUGGACCGCCGCAUUAUCCGACGCUUGACCUAAACACAAUAGUUUCUAUUGAUGUUUGUGUUAGUACAAGCACAGAAACACCAGAUCAGUCGUUUUUGCUCAGCAUGCACUAACUACCCGCAUUUACAGGUGCGGGAGUCGUCCUUCAAAAGAGAGGCUAAUUCUGUCAUCAAUUCGUAUUUUUGUUAGGUUUCGAUCCAAACUAAAGUGUUCUCUAUCCCGAUUUUAAUUGUGUCCUCAGGAAGACUUGCGGUCUCACCAUGCACCGUCACCUCAUCGAACCAGCUGGCCGCAAAUAGCCAAGAAGUAUUUCCCUAAUGCUUCAAUUUUGAAUCUUAACAUGAGUGCACUUUUAACAAAAUUGUGUCUAUAGAAGCGACAAGACGAGUCGCAGGAAGCAGUCUUGAGGAAGAAGACACGAUCGCCGGGACAAGAGCUUAAUUAGCCUGACGUUUCGGAUUCCUGCUCGAAUCCAUCAUCAGAGACAAAAGCAGAUAAGGGUGGUUCAUGCAUAUGCGACUGCAGUAUUUAUAGGAUGCAGUAGCCAUGCUACCGCAUACCUAUGAAUAUUCACGGCUCCCCCCCCCCCCAUUCAUCAGGGAUCGUUGCACUUGGCGUGAUGAUCGACAUUCGUGUCGUUAAUUGCUGCAAUUUCAUCACGUGCGUUGGAUGUUGGUGUGAUGAUUGCUCGACCAUCUGGCGCGCUGACGGGGGUGUUAGGAAGAGGGUUCACCUGUGCGGUCCCCGCGUGGCCAAUUACUCCGCCAAGAUGAAGUCUCAGCACGGAGUAUUGAAUGGGAAGAUCAUUGCACUUAUUAACAGACUGGGGGCAAGUAAACCAUAACUCAAGCAGCUCAUGGCUCACGCGGUUGUCACCUCUAGCAAGAAUUUUGGCCUCGUCAAAUUUGAAUGUGGUCGAAACCCGUGGGAUAAGCCGCAACUUGAAAGCUAGCGUCAUUUCUCCGCACCGCUGCAGCGUGUUCGGCCAUUCGCGUUUGGAGCUGUCUUCCGGUUUAUCCGACGUAGUUGCUUUGUCCGCAACUGCACCAAAUCCGAUAAACGACUCCAGACGUUUCUAGCCGUGGCACUGGGUCUUUCGGUUUCAUUAACUGACGCCAUGUUUAGCAGAACUUGAGCAAAAGUCGACUCCACUAGACUUCAGGGUAACAAUCGGGAGAUGGCAACCAAAAAAAUCCCCCUAACCAAAGCAGCCUGUCUUACGGGACAGGUGGUAAUAGGGGUUUUAUGGUUGGUCGCUGGUCCGGAUGUACGAUACUAGCCGACGGAAAGCCUUAUUUGAAAAGGUGAAUGAUCGAAGUUGGCCCGCUCUCCGUUCCGUUAUUAAAAAAUGGGUCGCCAAAGCAGUAUAGUGGUAGCGGACGAGUGUUAGGCGUAUAAUCGUCUUCCCUCAGAAGGUUAUCUACAUUUAUCUGUUAACCACUCAAAGAACUUCAAGGACCCUGCCACCGGACGGCACACCAAUGCCAUUGAGGCAUACUGGAGUAGACUGAAAAGGAAACUCCACGAGGGAGGCUCUGUAUGCGGUCGAGAUGUGUGGGCUCACAUAGACGAAGUAUAGUAUCGUCUUUGGUUUGGCAUCAAUGCCAAGUCUUUGACAGAUGCCUGGGAACUGUUUCUGUCCCAUGUUGUGCAGAGUUAUCCUAUUUAAAAUUGAUUUUGUUUUGUAAUAAACCGCCAUAAUGCGAAUGUAUGCCGUAUAUUCAGGUGUACGUGUGUAACAAUGGGGAAGGCUGGGUAACAGCGACCAUCGUCCAUGUAACCUCCUGCGAUGUUCGUUCGACCAGCCCAUGUUAGGCCGUUGCGGAAAGUCUAAGUAGUGUGUGAAAGUAGGUCUGCAACCGCUGAUAUAUCCUGAAGGCGUUUGAGUGCACUGUUAAAGGUAUUAUUUCUAGGUAACGGAUUUUUUUGGGUGCCAUCUCCCGAUUGUUACCGACUUCAGUACUGUCAUGAAUCCAUACACCCGUUCUUCGUCAUAUCCCGAAAAAGAGUUUGCACCCGUACCAGUAGUCAGACUAAUCCGUCCCCUAAAGAGGAGGUUAGCAUAUCUUAUUGGAACACGAAUCCCCAAACAGUAAUGGGCGACAACACGAAGUCGGAUGUAACAGUACAAGUAGGAGUAAGUCAUGCUACGUUUACCGACGAUGUGCGAUGACUUCGUCAAAUUCUCUGUUCAUUUUGAUUAUGCUUUGCCCAGCAUACGACAAUAGACAAUACGUUUGUUCGGACAAAUUGCUUUUAGCCUGAGUACAUUUAACAUGAAUUUAGGCGUAAAUUCGUAUUCCAGAUGUAUGUAUGAAUAAGGAGAAGGCUGAUUGAGCACCGGAAACAUUUGUUUGUUUUUCUGAGCUUUUGAACUUGUGCAGCAGUCUACCUUCAUAAGUAACUGUAGCGAUAGAAAAAGCGACCGUUACAAAGGCUGUUAGCCAAUGAACGAUCGGUGACUCAGAUUCAGAGUGACUGCACCGGGCUCUUUACGCCAGAUCGAUACAUCGAUUGACUGAGUACUCGUCCGGGGCCCAGGUUUCAAUCAACUCCCAACUUGUCUUGCUUCCAGCGUGGACAAUUAUGCUGGUGGCAGUUAAGUUGGACUUGUGACCCGUUUCGAAAAUCUAGACAGCCUUCACAUUCUACCAAGAGGGAUGUAGUGGUAUGUAGACACUGAUUUACUCCGAAACUCUAGCUAAUUUUGACGCCGUUGUGUAUUCAUUCAGCAACUAUAUCUGAAAUUGUGCUGACGUCAGAAAUUGAAAGAUAUGGUAAACCAUGCAAAAUUGCUAACUUUCUCAUGAAAACUUUUCGUGGAUGGCUGAGAAGAGAUUUAAAUGGGAUCCAGCAUACUACCGCGUAUGAAUUAUCCUGAGAUGACGCUCCGAGUUAAUUGGUGCUGCGAACGCACUAAAGUAGUUUUUCAGAUUGAUUCAUAUCUAGUGAUUUCGAUCAAUGCCCAGCGCGAUUCGCACAUUCUUUGAAUUUCAUUUACAAAGUUUUAUCUACCUGAGAAGUCCCAUUGACUCUGUUGAUGGUUGCCCACUUAUUUGCAAACCUUAUCCUUUUCCAACAUGGGCAUGUGAGACUAAACUUUUUCUGGCUAAUUAGACAUAUUUAUAUUACUUUGAAUGGCUUAUACUGUGUGGUAGGAUGGAAAUUUGCAUCUGGAGCCAAGAUAUUUCGUUGGAAAUCGAUUAAUUUUUUAGUAUAAUUAAUGAUACUUCGUCAAAUUCACCGGCGGAUGAUUGUGGAUGAUAAUAAUCAAACAUGGUCGGUUUAAGGACCUGACAUCCUGGUUUAAUAACCUUUUGUAAAUUAACAGAAAGCCAAUUCCUUAGAAUCAACAACUUGCAAUAUGCGAUCAAUAUGCCUCUCCUGUUCUCGAAUAAACUGGCGCUAUAUAGAUAUAGACAUUCCGAGGCGUUUCGAUUGCUGAUUUACAAAGUUAAUGGGGUAAUAUUUCAUGUGCCUGUCUUCAUGUUUUUCAUAGUUUUUUUUGCGGACAAAGAAUGUCGUGCUCCAGGCCCUUUUUCUGUCUCGUGGUAGUAGUUACCUUGCCACAGUUUUAGCUCCCGUAUAAGAACAAGGUUAAAUCAAUUACCCUCUUUGGCACGUCGAUUGGUUCCUAGUUUCAUCUGUCAGAAUAUCUGUUCUUUUAACAUCCCCGGCACACUCCUGACUAUGAACUGUAAACUAAAUUUAAUUGUUCUUUUAAUUAUGGAAAGGCGACAUUUGCUCAGACAAUCGUCUUUCGGACUGCAUAAUGAUAUAUGACCGUCGUUUAAUACGAUAUAUUCAGCGACGUUUGGAAAUCUUGCAGGUUUCGGCUAUCAUUGGAAGGUCUUCAUCCGUUGGCUUGCGAAUUUUUUCUCUAUGUUUUAGUCGUUUCCCACUGAUUUUAUUUGUACCGGCCUACUUCUAUUGGGAAUUAGAACACCUAUAACACAAUAGAAUUAUUUCCAUGGAAGAAAAUCAAUAAGGGCAAAUAGCUAUAAUACGAAUCCUCCUGCAUGCUAGUAGCAUCCUUAUUUUUUGUUUUCCGACCAAAGACGUUCCGACUGGCAGCAAAACUCUAUUAUAAUCUUUUACAAAUAUCAGAACCUUCAUAAAGACGGCAAAAUUAAGACCGGUGUUAACUUUGGAUCAGCACAGAUGAUCAGGUAUUGUGUCACUUGGUGCCGCUCCCUCAAAACCUGGCAGAAUUUGAUGAAAUUACCGCCUGCCAGUAAAAAAUGCAGUCUUCUUUGACUGACCACGGAGAUGGGGUUGGUGUUUUACAGUUUUCAUUUUGAUACUCAGUGGUUGACGCAAUUAAUUACGUUGAUGUACACCUUAAAUGAAAUCAAUUAAAACAACAGUUUAGCCCUAAUGACUUGAAACAUUUUCAAAUUUAACUUAACUAUGAAAUACGAAUCCAAAACAGGCAGAAACGCGCUGAAAAGUUAAAUAAAAUUUGUCUCAGGUGCUCUACAUACGGGACUAUUGAGAAAGGCCCUCCGCCGCCUGUGCGUACAAUCCUUAUCUCCUGGUAUAACUGCUGUGGCGAACUCACGAAAAAGAGCAGUCGAUAACAGUUUGGGUGUCAGUGGUUCCACUCAGUCCUGGGCACUUGUGAGCUGACUGCGAUGCCUCUUGCCUUUACAUAACCUGUGGUCAUAGCAAUUUUUCCAGGUGUUAGAUAACUUGGACCAUCUCACGCAUUAAAGAGGUUACAGUAUAAUGAUGCGUAGUGUGCCCAUAAACGGUCUAUCGUUGGAAUUCAGGCAGAAGUGUCGGCAUAUGAAGACGGCCAGCCUGGUGGGUCGCGGACAGGAAAUAGCUAUUAUUCACACUGUUUGUUCAUUGUAGGUCUAUGAGCCGAUGCUACCCCGGCCGCAUUAUUCCUAUCUGUUUGAAUUCCUAUUUCCAAAAUGCAUGAUAAAAUUGCUUGCGGCCAUAUGACGCGCCUGGCCGAAGCAUUCAAUGGCCCAUUAGACUAUCCCGAGCAUUGGUUUAAUUUUCACCUUCUCGUUUCUGGAAUACCUCCUUUCAUAACUCCUGAUGUGCACUUUUUCUGCUCUUAGAUGAAAACAAUCCAGAAACAAACGUAUUCUGGAGCCAUUGGCGUGGUGCCGUGAUAGGUAAUCAUCUAUAUUAAUGUUGACACUUUCCCCUCGAAGGUUGCUCAAUUUUCCUGGCACUCAUUGCCGUCACCGUCCUCUUUGUGCUUCUUGUCUGCUACUGUGCAGGGUAAGGCUAUAAAUUCCAUUUUGAAUGUCCUUGCUGGGUUCUGGUCACUUUGCCUACUUCUAUAACUUUUCAUAUCCGUUUGGCAUCUUUCUCUGAAAUUUGGAACCGUUAGUUUUUCUGGAGUUCAGCCAUCAGUCAUCACCGUGCUCUUGUAACCACAAGAACUAAACUAGGACAAACACUCUAGAAAAGUUUUUGAGACCCGUAUGAAGCGGUGGUUGAGUGGAGUCAAACUGACCGGAAAUGGGACCUGAGUCUUUUGCGCGCCUCAUGUUUGACUGAUCCUCACUUAGGGCCAACACAACGGUGACAUUUUUAUCCGGGAUCCCCGUGUAUAAGUCAUUUUUCUCCGUUUACAAUAGCCCGUGAUUGCGCUAUUCCCCCAUGCACCUUCUCAUCCUUUGCAAAUAAUUCUAUCAUGCACUCAUAAAAUUACAGGUUUUGCUUCAGUCUGUUGCUUUCUCUUUGUCGCGCUCUUUCUCCAAACGCACUCGGAUAAGGUGAACAUAUUGGUUUGUUCCCAUCCCUAAAAUAUAGGCAAUCUACCUCGCCAAUGUUUACUAUUUCAACUGCUAGGAAGUCGUUGUGCCACUUCUCAGGGACAAAUGUCAUCAGUGAAUAUUUCACCGAAUGUGAAUCCCACCAAUACACUUUAGUUUAAUUUAUAAUAAUAGUUUGGUAAGAAGUUCGGUUCUUGGUACAUGUGCUUUCCGGUGAUUAUUUCUUCACAUUAACUAUUUCUUGUGUUCCCUCCUUGUUGGUAGAUUAACAGUAUGUAUUUUCUAUUAAAAACAUAAUAAAGGUGCAGCUAGUUUUAUUAAAAUCAGAUUCAUGCGGUUUUCCGUUUAUUAGCUAAGCUACCUUAAAUCUUCCAUUGAAAAUACUAAGUCAUAGGAUCAGGAUUAGUUCAACCAACGCUGACACUUUCAUGCACUGUGUCCCAUUGCGGAACUAAAAUAAAUAAUUCCUGUUUCGCUCCCUGAGCGUUCGGGUUGAUAAUUUUAUUGUAUCGAAGGGAAACCCUGGUCCUAUCCAGUUUGAUUAGAUGUCUGAAAUUACUUCUAUUCAGGAUAGCACAUCUGAGAUUUGGACCCGAGUCCAUUGUUCAUCGAGCACUGUUAGGUCAGAUAUUUCAAUACAUGAUCUGCGACCGCAAGUUCUGUUGCCUAUUUCCGUCCCGAAAUCUGGAAAUAGCGGUAUAAAUAUAUCGUAUUUGGGCUCGUAUUACCUUGAGGCCGCUUUACUUUUUCUUUUAAAAAAUGUCUGAGUGCGGGUUUAGCACACGAAGUGCACAGUACAACUCGCUCUGGAAUGACUUCUUAGGGUCCGUAUCGAGAAGUUGUUUUGGAAAGUCUAACCUGCAGCCGAAGGAAUAAUGCAGCACAGCCUAAAAUUAGAACUUUUACUCCACACGAUCCACUUCUCUCAAGAGGCGUUCUAAACUUUCGGCUCGUUACUCCUGAAAUGCAAGCAUUUUAAAGACGGCACAAUACUUCAGAUUUACUCUUCCCCAGACUAUCACGUAUUUGCCUCAAUGGGAUUUUUGUCCAUUCAUUGAUCGGAGAGCCAAUCUCAGGCUAGCAACUCUCAAAAAAUGAUUUGGAUAGGCUCGGCCGAAAAGUGGGCAAUGAGGUAUUCUCUGCGGUUUGAGAUUCCACUCAAAUUCCCGUUGCCCGCAAAACAUGCUCUCUUGGCUUCACAACGACCUUGGUUUGCCGUGCAGACACAGGAAAGCACAAAAUACAGGCAGCGUGACGCAUCCCUUUCAAGGCGGCUGCCAAACCGUCAGCACUUCCUACUGCCUAUCCCAUAUUGUUUUUUUCCUCAGAAGAAAGACAGACAAACGAGUUUAUUUUCGACAAUCCUGGAAGUUAUUCAUAUCCUAUGCCGAGGGUUGCACUUCCAGUGGUAAAAUGCAUACAUAAAUAUCGGUCUGUUUGAGGGCACACCUCGCUAACACCACAUCCCGACUUCUCAAAAUCACCAUACUGUUUGCUCUGGUUAAGUAGAUUCAUGGGACACUCAGUUAAGGGAAGUUGUCAGUACGCGGAUUAAGAAGCAAUGCUUGUGUUGAUGUCGCAAGUCAGUGCGAACUAGUCGCUCGCCGCUAAACGUCGAACAUUUACAUGCAAUUCGAAUAUCAAAUAAAAUACGAAGUGAAGGGUCUGUCUGGUGGAUGCAAAUAUAGCAUUCAAUUGUUCAUAACUCCCGUUGCUUAACUAGCCGUGAUUGUCGGUAAGAAACGGUAAUGGGAACCCACCCAAGUUAUACAGGUGUCCUUGGGCCAGACUCCAAAAUGUUGCCUCUCUCCGUGUCCUAGUCAAAAUAUUAAACCCAACCCAGAAUCUAGCCCUAACUCUGACCCUCAUCUCUCUGGAAUUUUGCGCAAGGCCAUCUUUAUUACGAUGGCAGGCUGAGGGCGUCACAAACGUUGUAGUCAGCAAUGUAGUUUAACUGGAGAAUGUAUAAUGGGGUUUCCAAAUUAAUAAGUUGAUGGAGUGACAAGAGAUAGAGCUGAUAAAGUACACUGACUCAUGGUUUGCUGUCUGAGCUGAAAACGUCUGUAUCAAUGGACAGCUCCCUAAUAUCCUCCACAUCAGGCCCUCUGUCCAGAUGCUAAUCAACGAUUUCAAAGCUGUAUAUUUUACGUUCUGAAGCCCCUAUUGCACUCUGUCGCGACAGAGUGUUUUCUCAGGGGUAGUUGCACUUCACUGGGCCAGCUGUGUUGAAGGGAACUGGCGUAAAAUGACCGUUUCUCCUAGAAGUAGGUUUACUCGACUGUAAUUCAUGUUUUUAUAGUUAUGCCUCACAAUUCCGCUUUUAUUUUAAGAAUUUGAAAACACCGCAUUCCCAUUCAGUGCAUAGGUUAAAAAACGCCCUAUAUAGCAUAUAAUUAGGUAUUGACAAGUUGGCGGCUGCGUAGGGUAAACUGUGUGCAAAACCAUUCGUAAUAUGCAUCUACCAACACUUUCCGGAACUGCAAUAAUGCGGGGCCCACGCAUGUCAAAAUAAGUGAGUAUAAAGUUUCUUGAAAUGUCUUUGCAAAAGUCCUUCGACUCGCUGAGAUGACAGCCGCUGAUCAUGUAAGUAGGCAAAUGAUCACCAUCUUUAAAUAAUUAGCUGCGGACGAAGACGAUGCAAGGAAGAACAUUUUUUAAAGAGUCCGGUACGAGUUACGUAGGUAAUCACUUCAUUUUAGGCCGACAAAAUGAGUUCUAGAGUUCUGCGAUCUAUAGCGAAGUGUAAAAAUUUCUUCGCAUAACAGUCCAACCGGCAUUAGUUCGCGUUUUGACCACCAAACCCUAACAUGUCUUUAGAGCGCAACUCUGUAGCAUCUAAGGUUUCACUAGUUAGAUAAGAAGUUGAGAAUGUCAGCCUUUGAAAACUGUUAUCAACAGAGUAAACGGACACUGGAACUAACAUUUUGUCCCACUUGUCGUCUUUACUGAGUUAGCUCAGGCCAUUGUUUUCGCGUCGUCGAAGUCAAUACCUAGUCCUAGCGGGUUAUCUAGUAUUUACGUUAAAUUCCGCUUUAGCCAGGGAGCUUCCUUUGUCGCGAAAAGGGAGACACGAUCGCUGAUACAAGAGCGUUAUCAACCUGACGUUUCGGAUUCUCACCGGAAUCCAUCAUCAGAGACAGAGUCUGAAAAGGGUGGUAAAUUGCCCAGGUGUUGGAGUAUUCAUAGGAUACAGUUGCUAGGCCGCUACAUGCCUAUCGCAGUUGGCUUACUUUGCGUUGGCAGUGACUUGGAACAGGCAAUCGGAAUAGAUUGGUGAACGUCGCCAUUAUUUUUCAUGGUCUUGAUCUCAGUUGAUACUGUGUGGGUCCUACGACUCCAGUGGUGUGCAGGUUUGGCUUCAGUGCUUAAGGGCCGCUGCAUUUAAGCUGACACCUUAGGUGAGCCAGAAUCGGGAUUAGGAAAUCACUGAGGACAAAUGAGUCCAAAACUAACACUACAGUGUACUUCUUGAUUUGUAGUCGCUAAAUGGCCGCCUGCAUGGGCUCGAUACCUGCAGCCCCAAUUCAUCUUUACUUUAUUUUUCAAUCAGGAAAUAUUGGUGGGCAUCACUCUCUCACUAUCAGCUUUUACAUUUUCGCUUCGAAAUAUCUACUUUUCGACUAAGAAGUACCCUUAUGUGUGAGUCGACUUAAAUGAAGUGGGAAAUCAGAAAGUGUUUUUAGGUGUAUAUCCAGAAAUAAUAGAUCGCGAGCUCUGAAUUUCCGAAAGUCAUAGUUUUUCAGCUGUCAUUGAGUUUGACGAAUUGCGGAGGCAAGUGUGCCACAUUGUCAGUUUUGUGUUUCCAAAGCCCGUAGCUGGUUUCUGUUAGAGUGAUUCCAUGCUGAAUAUCACCCUUAAAAUCAUGUCAACUAUCUGUUAUUGUACUUCUUCACUACCCUACGAGAGGUGCUAAAAUGCACUAUUGACUUACCAACUGCCAGGCGGUUGGUACCCUAGUAUGGACUACUACAGUUUAUCUUGCCGCAGACUCCAUCACAACGGCGUCUUAGUCCUGUUUGAGAUCAACUAUGUUUGGUAAGCUGCCUUAUUUGCAAUAAAAUAAUUCCAGACGGUCUCGUGACAGAUCCUGUUUGUUUCAAACACAGCCAUGUGGCAUGCGUAACAAUUUGCCAUCUUGAGCUUAGGCCGCAAAUUCACAGGAUGAAAAAUCCGUAUUUCAAGGGCUCGUCACAUUCUCGGAACACAGUCGUCAUGAAAGAUACUAGGGUUAAGCUUAUUCAUAGCUAGCCAGUCCCUAUUAUAGACCUCCAGACCAUCUAUAAUAGGGGUAGGUUUAGGUCGUGUCACUUUCCCAACGCGGCGCUUCUUCUCUUUCGCAUAAUUUAAGUAUCACCUUCCGAUAUUUCACUGGCAUAAGGAAUGGGAAUGGGGACUACCGUAAUACUGGUGACUCUGGGCUAAAUUCCAGGAGCGAUGGUUAUUUCCGUAUCCCAACCCUAACACUGGCUCUAACCCUAACCUCAGCCGUAGCCCUAAGCUCCCUGAAGUUUCGCGCAAGGCCACCUGUAUUACGGUGGUAGGAUUCCUAUUCUCGUGUCCUACCCUCUUUGAUCCCACCGUCAGUACUUUCCCAGUUUUUUCCACACUAAACUCCUAUCAAGCAGAGUAAAAAAACAGUGUUUUAUACUCAAAGUUCAGUCCCGCUUUCUGUUGCCAAACCGUUGAUCUGACGUCUUGUUAGGCCAUGCAUUCUUCCGCCCCCCUCUAAUUGCUCUCCCAUAAAAUCAUGUUUUGUUAAAAAGAGACUAAAUUCUGUCACACUCUAUCUCCCCUCUCCCACCUACUGUCCGGGCAUUUCUCCCGACUGGUAAUGGGGUUGGGCGUAAUGCCUGACUCGGUGUUAAGGGCUCCGUCUGUGUGUGCCUACCGUGAUACGGUGAAAUCAAAGGACUCACGCAGACAUACCAUAGCUAGGCUAAUACAUGUCAGGAUCUAAUGCCGGUUCCUUGUGACUCAGCACAACAACCCCUAUUUUGAGGCCCGGAGUGAGGGUGGCAAUAAACCGGUCCAACAGGCAUUAGCUUUGUUUUAAAGCACGAAGUAAAUAUUGUUUACUUAAAUAGAGAUGUAAAAGAAUGAAGAAUAGAGAAAAAGGCAAUGAUUAGUCAUCAAACCAAGUGCAAUGGCACAAAGGGGAAAAAACUUACUCAGAAUGAAGAUAAGUGAAAGCCCGCACUGCCUUAGGUAAUAGAUGGGUAGGUCAAAUCAUAGCCGUUGGACUUCCUGGGAAUGAAAUUUCUAGACACAUUUCUGGCAAAUGCAAAAUAGCUACGAUUUGAAGCUUUACGCCUACUUACUUCCCCCCUCCCGCCUGCAUAAGAUGAGCACACACUUUGCAAUUAGAAGUCUGCCCCGACAAGACCAUCUCACGCCUGUGCAAAUUUCCUCAACUUCUCACGGACGGCUGGUUUCGUACCUUGCAUUAAAAAGCCUUGACGACAGCCCUCUUUCCCUGCCAGUCCCGUAUAAGAGUUCCCCAGAGCUCUCGUUGACUCCGACGCACUUGAGUUAGCUUCUCAACACGUCCCUAUGCUGUUGAUCCUGUCCGCCAUGUCUGGGAUAACGAAGCAACAGUGGCAUGAAAAUGCUGUUUUGAAGGACGAUUCCUCAACAUUCCUAGGGGACGAUUUGGUAUAACACCACAUUUGCCCGGGUAUGGUCUCUGAGCUGAGUUUUGAGGGAUGACUGAUGAGAGCUGGAGGUCAGGUUCGGUCAGAGUGUAAUGGCCAUGUCAUACGGAAGGGCACUCAGUGUAGUUGUCAAUCCAUCCAAGUGUCUACCUGUCCGCGGGGGCCUGAAACGGUCCUGACACCUAAACUUACUGCGAUUAUUUUACGCAAGUGAUUUGGGGACGGGAAUAUGUCCCCCACCCAGUACUGCAGAUGGCCUUGCGCCUACUUGCAGGGGUAUGUAUUUCCGUGUCAGAAGUUUAAUCUUAACGCAAACUCUAACCCUAACACAACCCCCUCCCCCGUGAAGUUUACAGUAUGGUCGCCUGUAAUAUUGGGGGGGUCCUAUUAUCGCGCCAUAUCUGCAGAUGAACUGUAUAAUUUGCCUAAUUUUAGAAAAAAGGACAAGUCAAAGAAGGACUCUAAAGGAAAGAGCAUGAAUCAUUAUGGCGAUUCUGUGCCUGGAAACCCACCUCCUUACCAAUCCAGUUACGUACCGCAGUAUAUACAACCACCGGAGGAGCGCAAGUUGGCCCCAUCCGCGCAGAUGCUUCAUUACCAAUAUAAGCGGGAUCAGAUGCAAAGUGCUGAAACGUAAGCUACGAUCAUUUCGUCACUUCCAAACCUCCUCCCACCCUCAGGCUAAAACCUCCCAUCCCCGUCUCAAUAAAAACAUUGUGAAAGGCCAACUUUUUAACUUUUUUAAGUAGACGAUUACAACGCCAUUACAGGGGGUAUUUACGAAAAGAGCUACAAAUAUCAAAUCAUGCCGACUUCUGGCGUAUAAGGUAUGCAGUCGAGAGCGGUAAUUUACAGUAGUGCAUAUUGUCCAGGCACUGCCUUUAUGUAGCUUCUCCCUUUAAAUUUUCGGCUCUGAAACCUAUUGUCAUUUUGUUUUUAGAAAAGCGAUUUUGCAUCAAAAUCAGUCCACGGGGUUUGAUUCCGUCUCUCACAACUCUUUUUUCUGAAAUAACAUUGGUGUAGCCGACCAGCGUGGGAGAUGAAACUGUCCCCGAGAGCUUAAACAUUUGUUAAAGUAAUGAUUGUAAUAAGAGCCCAAUUAAAAGGAUAGAUAGAAAAUGACACUUACGUGUUUACUAGCAUUCACUUGAAGUACUGAUGCACAAUCUCGAUGUCGUUUGAAAUUAUGCGAUACUGCGAUCGGAUGGGCCACUUUCUCAGAAACCGGAACUCACCUUUAUCAAGCCGUCGAAUUCUGUAAUAGUCAGAACACUUUUUACCAUCGUUCUACUUUUCUUUUACUCAUCCCUGUUUUUACAGCAAAUUGAACAAUCUAGAUGAGACGCGUGCUGUGCAUUCCCCCGAUGCGGACGACGCCGGGGUUUAUGAGUCCGCUGGACUUGCACAGGUAUUUUUUACAUUACCUUUUUUACCUCAAGUUCAGUGCAGCUAUUACCUUUUUUCGCGUUAUCUGACAAACCUCAUUUUCAGUAUGCGAAUUCUCGUUUUGUUACUUGCAUCUAUGAGUUCGCUCUGAAAAAUCACUUCUUGUGCUGGCAGGUUAGUAGUGUCAGGAGUCACCUUCGGAUUUUUCUGUGACAAAUUCAAAGCGUUUAUUGUGGCCACCGGCUUUCAACUGACGUCAUCUCUACCUCAAAUUUACUAUGAGUAUUUCCUUGUCAGCUUUUCUUACUCCCCUCGUUUAGAUGAAGUAGGCACACGGUUUAUGGCGGUUUUUAGUCCAACACGGUUGUUUUUUUUGACGCAACCACGGAAUUAAUCCAUCAAAUUAAGCCUUUUUAGACACUGACUGCCGAACUCCAACGACGCUCCUGAAAGAUAAGUUGCGGCAUUUCACAUUCAGAGAGAAAUUCGCUCCCAUGGGCUAUAAACUUGCCAUCAGUCUUGGUGUUUGCCCGUGUAACAACGCCCGAUCGAAUCCCCAACAGGCCCCGACUAUUAUCUUCGUCGUGAAGUCUCGAAAGAAACUUUCUAGCUGUUAUCUCCCCCUUCUAACGAAUCAUAAAUUCCUUUUUGCAAAUUUUCGGCUCUAAGAAAGGCAUUCCUGUGCACUCGGCAAAUCGUCUUCAGCGUUGGGCAACCAUGCUCCUGGACUAUGACUUUGAUGUCCAGUUCCAGUCUAUCACAAAAAUAGGCCACGGGGACGCACUCUUGCACUUAAUCGACUCGCGGAUUAACGAGCCUGAGAACACUGUCAUAAUGUCAGUCUCCGUUAAGUUAGAGAUUCAGUCUGUUUAUGGAUCCACUUCGUGCUUUCCCAGUCACUUUUGAGGGAGUCCGAAACGCAACAUAUCAGGAUCCACGGUUGAGACGAGUCACUACGUACUAUCGCACACAGUGGUUCACAAGAUUCUCUGGAGAACUACAGCAGUUACAUGAACGAUUACAUUCUCUGUCGACCGCUAACGACCCUAUCCUGUUCUGUGAACAUAUUGUUCUUCUACAGAGACUGCAAGCAAGGGUCCUGAGGCAGUCUCAUUUGGACAUCCCGCCGUCAAACGCACGAAGACUCUCGCUCCGGCCUUGCAUGGAUCAACAAUUAGAACUGGCCUGCUCGUAAACUAAAUGCGUUCUCGCAUCAAAGACCCCAACGAGGGCCGCACUCAAAGCAUGACCUGUCUCACAAGCCCCGUGGUGCAGGAUCCACACCGAUUACGCUGGACCGAUCAAUGGCCAGAACUCCCCUAUCGCUGUCCACACAUAGAGCAAAUGGUCGGAAGUUUUUCUAGUGGAACGCACAACAGCCGGAGCCACAAACAACUUUUCUGAAACUGUUCAGUAGAUUUGGUUGUUGAUGAAAACGAACAAGAGAGUUCCAGGGUGCAGUUCUGAUGAAGAAGAAGAAGAUGCGAUCGUUGGAAAAAGAAGUUUAUUGGCCUGAUGUUUUUGAUUCUCACUCGAACCCAUCAUCAGAUACAGUCGCAGAGAAGGGUGUUAGGAAGCACGAGGUGCGUAGUAUUUAUAGGCCACGGUCGCCAGGCCAUCACACGCCUACUAUAUUUCGUAGUACUUGUAUUCAUCGCCGGGGGCCGCAGUUGAUGCGAUGACCGCUUGUCGACCCGUAACCGUAAUUUCAUCACCCCUGUCGUCGAUUCUCGGUGUGAAGACUGCUCGGCCACUUGGCUCGCUGUCACCGUGACUGCUGAUCACCCCCACCCUCCCAGCAUGACUAGUAAGUCGAUCCAGGCAAUAUCGGCGCACAGAAUUUGGGGGCGGAAUGUCACUGCGCCUGUUAAGUGGUUGGUUGUCCCAAAACUUUGGUGAGUGAUAAUGGAGGGCGGUUCACAUCUGCCGCCUUCGUCCCAUUCUGCAUGCGGUCAGGCAUUAAUCACCUGCGUUCGCUAGUGUAUCACUUGAAGUCCAACGGACAGAUUGAACGAUUUGUCGACAAGCUCUAGCGGGCUCUUCAGAAGUGAAAAGUGAAAGGGACUAUGGAAGCAGCCCUCGAAAUAACCCUGUUGAGCUGCCAGCCAUCCCAAACACAAACACGCCAAACGGUGUCUCUCCUACAGAAGUUUUGAUUAAGAGAAAGCUUCGCACUCCAUUCGACGUCACUGUCUCGAUGUCAUCUGUCGGAGAUCAGCAGGAAGUUGCUCACGAAACAGUCCACCCGACGUCGAUGCGGAGGAAAUUCAACCAACGCCACGGAGCAAGGCAACGGUCGUAACAACCAGACGAGGUGUUAGCAAAGGACUACAGGAACACCCAGGAAAAGUGAACGCUUAGACGUGUUCACCAAAAGUGUGGUGACGUCUACGAGAUUCUGGUCAGAUCAGUUAUUUGGGUGGGUCACAUCAAUCAGCUGAAACACACCGAAUCCGCUGACGCACCCAAACUCACGCCAUAAUAUAUCACUGGAACUACUACUGAAAAUAUUUCAUUUGCCACAACCAAGGCAAGAGCUCACAGUUCCGGUAGAAAGACGAUAUUACUAAUCACUCGGAUGUUUGGGCCGCUAAAGAACACAAAUGAUUCCAUUGCAAGUGAACCCGUCGCUAAAAUCGUACAAUUUAGCUCAAAGAAGGGAACUGUGCGGAGAAGCCAUAUGAACAAACUCGCUCGCACGCCGGCCAACCCAUCCAUCCACAUGCCUUGUGCGUGUUGAUGUCACGCCAGCUGCCGACAAAACUCGAGAUCAACCCAAACAGACAGAUGAGUCAGACGUUCUGUCAACAUGUAAGCCACUCAAGGACACUGUCUGAUUUGUCCGAUGUCAGUUCAAUACGCUGUUAAAUUACGUCAAUACACUCGCCCUCCUUCUGCCCUCGCUAUUGGGUUCUCAUUUUGGGAUCCGCUCGAGACGUUACACUAGCGACCACUGAGGCUGUUGGCAACUGUAUAACAUCGUGGAUUUACUUGCCCACGAAACUUACCUAGGCUACAUAAUCUGUGUACAGUUUUUUGAACUGAUACAAGCGAAGAUGCGAGUCCCAGGAAUUUAUUGAUAACCAGCAGAAGCGAUCGCUGGAACAAGAGCUUUAUUCGCCUGACGUUUCGGGUUCUUGCCCAAGCCCAUCAUCAGAGACAGUGGCCGAAACGGGUGAUGCUUGCGCAGGAAGUUGCAGUAUUUAUAGGAUGCAGUCGCUAUGCUACCGCACACCUAUGAUAAUUAACCGUUCUCCCUUUAUUAAGAAUUGUUGCCCGCUGAUGCGCUAAUUGUUUGAUAGCCGGCACGCCAGUUGUUAAUUGCUGAAAUCUCAUCACCCUUGUUGAAUGCUGGCGUGAUGAUUGCUCGACCAUCUGGCUCACCGACCUGCGCGUCCCCCGAACGAUUAAUUACUUUGGCAUGACUAUGCUCCAGCACUGAAUACGGAGUUGGGAUGUCCCUGCACUUGUUGAUAGACUGAAAUCCCGUAAACCAUGACUCAAGCAACUCGCGGUCACGCGAUUAUCACCCCGGACGAGAAUUUCGGCUUCAUCGAACUUGAACGUUAGGCUGGGUCUCGUCCAAUGGGCCGUGACCUAAGGGUUGGCGUCAUUUCUCCGCACCGCCGCCGCAUGUUCGACGAUUCGCAUCCGGAGCAGUCUUCCAGUUCCUCCGACGUAGUCGAUAUGCCUGCAAUCGUACCAGAUCCGGUAAACGACUCCGGAUAUUUCUUGCCAUGGCAGGGGAUUUUUGGUCUCAUCACCCGUCGCCUUAUGGUGGCCUCCGGCCUGUGGGCAACUCCAACCCCAAGUGGUGCGAGAAGGCGACUAACGGUCUCGGAGACUUUUUUUAAUGUAUGGGAUCGUUGGCCAGAAUUUAGGGUAGGUACGAUUUUGUCGCUUGUCUUGUUUGCGCAUGCGCAACUUCGCCAACCGGUGCAUGCGCAAACGAGACAAGCGACAAACUCGUACCAAGCCCAAAUUCUGGCGAGCGGUCCCAUGUAUCAAGAACGUCUCCGAGACCGUUAGUCACCUUCUCGCACCACUUGAGUUGGAAGAAGGCCUCCGUCUGACGUGUGUCACACGCGUGUCUCGUCUCCGUUAAAGUCUUACGGAUUUGUGCUGGACAUUGCAUGUGUACAUUCCGUACUACAUUUGCUGACCAUUCUCUACAUAUCUUUCCAUUAUAGACAGGUCCCAGCGAGGUGAAAAAUCCCCUCUUCCAAUAG